UGGCUAUGGAAGGCUCCAAUGGCUUCGGGAUCGACUCCAUCCUCUCCCACCGCGCAGGCAGCCCCGCCCUUCCCAAGGGGGACCCCUUGCUUGGGGACUGCCGUUCACCCCUGGAGCUGAGUCCCCGCUCGGAGAGCAGCAGCGACUGCUCUUCGCCAGCCUCACCAGGAAGGGACUGUCUGGAGACGGGCGCCCCGCGGCCUGGCGGGGCAUCGGGCCCAGGUCUGGACUCCCACCUGCAGCCGGGGCAGCUCUCAGCCCCAGCCCAGUCGCGGACAGUGACCUCCUCCUUUUUGAUCAGGGACAUCCUUGCUGACUGCAAACCACUGGCAGCCUGCGCGCCCUAUUCUAGCAGCGGGCAGCCGGCAGCCCCUGAGCCAGGGGGCCGUCUUUCGGCCAAGGCGGGGGAGGACUUUAGAGACAAGCUGGACAAAAGUGGUAGCAACGCCUCGUCAGACUCUGAGUAUAAAGUGAGGGAGGAGGGCGACCGCGAGAUCUCCAGCUCGCGGGACAGCCCCCCGGUGCGCCUGAAAAAGCCUCGCAAGGCGCGCACCGCCUUCACCGACCAUCAGCUGGCGCAGCUGGAGCGCAGCUUCGAGCGGCAGAAAUACCUGAGCGUGCAGGACCGCAUGGAGCUCGCCGCCUCGCUCAACCUCACCGACACGCAGGUCAAGACCUGGUACCAGAACCGCAGGACCAAGUGGAAGCGACAGACGGCCGUCGGGUUGGAGCUGCUGGCGGAGGCAGGCAAUUACUCGGCGCUCCAGCGGAUGUUCCCGUCGCCUUAUUUCUACCCGCAGAGCCUGGUUUCCAACCUGGAUCCCGGCGCCGCCCUGUACCUGUACCGCGGGCCCAGCGCGCCGCCGCCCGCCCUGCAGAGGCCCCUGGUGCCCAGAAUCCUCAUUCACGGACUGGUCCUCCGGGCCAUGCAGUCCGUGUGGGUCUGGAGGGCCUAUUGCAGUGGGGUCUCUGCACUCACCCCAGGAAUUCAAGGGGAGAACGGGGGAGAUGGAGGAGUAGGGGAGAGCAAGCAGGGCCGGGCAGAGGUGCUGCGGCUUCACCCCUCUCCUCCAGACCCCCGGGAGUUGCCCGUGUCCAAAUCUUACAUUUAUUGA